CUUCUUCUCCAAUUUUUUAAAAAUUUUCAAUCUUUGUAAUGGCAAAUCUUCCUCGUUUUGGUCGAACAUGGAACCGUUUCUCUUCCCUGCCCCGCCCUGGCACGGCCCCACGGCUUGAUGUUCCGCCGCCGGCUGCCGCGUCGGAGCCGGAAGUUUAUCCACCGCCUCCGCGCACUGCCAAUGUUCUUCAAACUUCUCCUAUUAAAGAAAGGUCUCCUCGAAUCCCAUCUCCGGUUAGGAAAUAUCCCUCGCCUCCUACUUCUCCCAAAUAUAGGGCGGCUGCCCCCAGCACUUCGCCCCGCAAGCCACUAUCUCCUCCUCCGACGUAUAACCGUUACGACGGAGAACGGCGGACCAGUGCUUUAGCUUCUCCUAAAACGUUCAAAACUACCUAUACCUCUCCGCCACGAUCACCGGCGAAACAUAAAUAUUCCACCUCCACUCUCCAAGCACCACUCUCUCCUCUGGCUCUGCCUAGCUUGGAGAAGAGACAUGAACCUGAGCCUAUGGUUCGACCCAGGAGCCCACCGGAGGUCCAGCAGAAAUCGGUGCUUUACCAGAAGACGACUAGCGAGAAGCCUGCGAAAACCGACCACCGAGCAUCGGAGUACAGCUCAGGCAAACCCCAGCAGAAGCAAACGCAUCAGCAGCAAAGUGAUGUUAUAAACAUCAAAGGAGAGAACGUAGGCGCCGUCAUGCACAUCACUCAAUCAUCUGAUGCCACAGAAACCCACAAGAAAAAGCCAACCGUAAGCUACAGCAGCGAAAACGAGAAAGAUUCAAACAAAUCAAGCUCCAACAUGCCUGGAAAAUCGUUCAUGAACAGCAAUUUUCAAGGUGUCAACAACUCCAUUCUCUACAAUUCGUCUUUGAGCCACCGUGAUCCAGGCCUGCACCUUGCUUUCACCAAGAAGCCCACCCAUGCCGAUUCUGUUCAUGAUUCCAGGCACUGAAUGGACCAACCUCAUCAUUACCACUCUCUUAUUUGGUGUCAUAUGCUAAAAUAAUUAUCAAAUAAAGCAACAAUAUUAUAAUAAUUAAAGCAUUUUAUAUUCAUAUUCACCAUUCAUAUGGGAUGUAUUUUCAAAUGGUUUUAACCAUUUG